AUGCUUGUUCCCACCCACUGGCUAUUUAAAUUACCAAUCGCAAAGGACCGAGUUCGUUUCCUUCGACUUUACUGUCGUGCCUCCUUUGUUUUGGGUGUUGCCUUGGCCUACUAUUCUCAUAGGCCGAAUUAUAAGGAAACGCCAGCUAAACCCUCUUUACUAUACAAACUUCGUCUAAAGACGCUGUUAGCAAGGAACAAAAUAUCCAAAGAAGAUUAUGAAAGAUAUUUAGAUUUUAAAAAUUUGUAA